AUGAAGAAGUUGCUUUGGACUGUUUGUCUCUUGGGGAUUCUUGUCCCUCAAAAUUUUGGAUUGAAAGUGCAGUUUGAUGGAAUCCUGGCAAACGAUGGACAUGGAGGGCUGGAGGAGAAGCAGGAUCCCAGGAGCUACUUGGAAAACUAUGACUACAAGAAGUAUCACCCCAUUGAGGAGAUCUAUAAAUGGAUGAGUGAGAUAAGAGAGAGCUACAAGGAAGUGGUGACACAGCACUUUCUAGGCAUGACCUAUGAGGCCCGACCAAUGAAUUACUUAAAGAUCAGUGAACCAGCAAGUACUCAGAAGAAGAUCAUUUGGAUGGACUGUGGGAUUCAUGCCAGAGAGUGGAUUGCACCUGCCUUUUGCCAGUGGUUUGUGAGAGAAAUUCUACAAAACUACAAAACAGAUUUAAGGAUAAGCAGAUUUCUUAGGAAGAUGGACUUCUACAUCCUCCCAGUUCUUAAUGUUGAUGGCUAUAUCUACACCUGGACACAUAUUCAAGUUGGACAGAAGGCAGCAGAAGCAUUGAAAGCAAAGCAUGGAAGCAAUUAUAGAGUUGGAUCAAGCUCAGAAAUUUUAUAUCCCACAUCUGGUUCCUCACGAGACUGGGCUUAUGAUAUCGGGAUCCCCUUCUCUUACACAUUUGAGUUGAGAGACAAUGGUACCGAUGGAUUCCUGCUGCCAGAAGACCAGAUCCAGCCCACUUGUGAGGAGACCAUGGCAGCUGUCCUGUCCAUCCUUGAUGAUAUCUUUGAGAGGGAAUGGAGCACAGACAGAGCAGUGAUGUUUGCCCCAGCUACCAUGGGGCUAAGUGUUUUCUUGACCUUCAUGCUUUUCUUUUAA